CGCUCGCGCAGCCCGACUCCUUUUGCACAUUCGUUACGUCCGUUCCAGUGCGAGAUUUUCAUUUUCCGGGCGAUUUCGAAUCGGGUUAAGAUGCUGGUGGGUUUCAUCACGGGCUGGUUGGGUCCUCGCGAUGGGGAACAUUCGAUCGCUUCCAACGGGAAUUGUUAUCAAUUAAAUUAUGGUUGAUUCGAUUCCGCACCGAUUGACAAUAAGAUGUGUUUUGUGAGAAAAAAGUUCCGUGCGCAAGUGAUGAUUAAUAACUACUAGAGAUACAUCGAAAUCUGUGUAGAGAAAGUUAAAAAAACAACAAAGGGGGUGAACACAAGACCAUAUCCCAGAAUGACGGACUUGGUGAAUCCCCGUUUCUGGCAGAACGUCUCGAAUCGAUCGCUAGACUUCGACCAGCAGCAGCUCAAAGACAACUACAUGCUGCUCUUCGACGACAUCGACCAGUACUUCAGCAAGAUCAAUUUGACCAACGAUUCGGAGGCGACGGUGUCGGCCAAUUGCGGCGCCAUCUUCAACGCCAGCAACGUGACCGGCUGCGACGAGGGCAAGGACUUGGCGGCGGGCGCGCGCAACUACUGGGCGCUGAUGCUGGUACUGUUCCCGGUGCUGACGCUCUUCGGCAAUGUGCUAGUGAUACUCAGUGUGUUUAGGGAGAGGACUUUGCAGACCGCCACCAAUUACUUCAUCGUCAGCUUGGCUUUGGCCGAUUUGCUGGUCGCUGUCGUUGUCAUGCCCUUUGCUGUAUACGUUUUGGUGAACGACGUGUGGGCUUUACCAGCGUUCGUCUGCGAUUUCUACAUUGCUAUGGACGUCACCUGUUCCACCUCGUCGAUUUUUAAUUUAGUAGCAAUAUCCAUAGAUAGGUACAUAGCGGUAACGCAGCCAAUAAAAUACGCCAAGCACAAAAACAACAGGAGAAUAUGGCUGACGAUAGUGCUGGUUUGGGUGAUUUCGGCGGCGAUUGGCUCGCCCAUCGUCCUGGGAUUGAACAAUACGCCCGAUCGCGACGAGGACGCCUGUCUCUUCUACAAUAACGACUUCGUCAUCUACUCCAGCCUGUCGUCGUUUUACAUACCCUGCAUCAUCAUGGUGUUCCUGUACUACAGCAUUUUCAAGGCGCUGAAGGCGCGGGCGAUGCAGCUGAAGAUGAACAAGAAGCCGCUGCCGAGCGAGAUCAAGCCCGGCUCGGUGAUCGAGAACGUCUCGAACACCCAUCGGCUGGCCGAGACGACGCUGGGCGGCCCGACGCCCGUCGACGAGCAGGCCACCAACACCGGCUCCGGCUCCGGCGACGAGGACGAGGAGGCGCCGCCCGACGGCGACGCCGACGAUUGCCACGUCAUCGCCAACGACAGGAGCACCGAGUUCAUUUUGGCCACCGUCGUCGAGGAGGCCGCGAUAUCGACUGUCGUCGCCCAUCUUCCGGCCCCUCUGGCUGAUCCUAACGGCAACAACGAUUCGGGAUACGUCCACAGCCAUCCGGAUAUCUCCGUAAUCGAAAGCCCCAGGAGGAUCAGGAACAUCUCCAAAAAGAACGGAGCCACCUUGGACACCGAAUUAAGGUCGGUUCGAAGGGUGGUGAAUUCGAACGCGUCGAGUCCCGUGCAGUCCAGCAGGACGAUGGUAACUCCGCUGUGUUCGAUAGGAUCGAAGAAGGAGAAGAAGGGCUCGUCGGCGGCGCGAUUCACCAUCUACAAAGUGAACAAAGCCAGCAGGAAGAAGCGGGAGAAAUCGUCGGCGAAGAAGGAGAGGAAAGCGACGAAGACUCUAGCUAUUGUGCUCGGCGUGUUUCUGAUCUGCUGGUUGCCGUUCUUCACGUGCAACAUCCUGAGCGCGAUGUGCAGCAAGCUGAAUUUGGACUGCCAGCCGGGCGUGGCGGCUUUCCUGCUGACCACUUGGCUGGGGUACAUGAACAGCUUCGUCAAUCCGGUGAUCUACACGAUCUUCAAUCCGGAGUUCAGGAAGGCGUUCAAGAAGCUGAUGUUUAUGGGAGGUUAGGUUGUUCGGAUGCUGGAAGGAGUUUUUAAUAAUCGUUUCGCAAUAAUACAAUAAUCGUGCCAAAAUUGUGUUAGGUAGUUUUUGGUGGGUUUUUUUUUUGUCACACGAUUACAGGGCGGAAUUGCCGGAGUGAGAAUGCGAUGAGGGCGGUGGAAAAAAAGAAUAUUUUACGGAAACUCGGAUUGUUGGUCUAUAAGAGAGACAUGAAAAAAUAUUGAUGUAGGUUCUUUGGGCGAAAUUGAAAAGCGUAUACGGCGAAACGUACGCCAUUUGUACCUUUAUGAGUUUUUAUUAUUUACACAUGGCCGAUUUCCAUAUCGUAUAAACCGGGCGGUAUUAAAGCCUGCACGCCGGUCCUUUUUCCCCCCAUCAUUCCGCAUUCUGUACUUAUAUUGACCCACUUGGCAGAAAUUCGCAACGUCCAUAAAUGCCAAAAAUGGCCCGCAAUAAAUUCGGAUCUUAUAUUAAAUAUUCCGAAAGAUACCCUUUAGUUUAUAGAGCAAAAAAAAGCCCCCGACGGGCAGUUUCUAAUAAAACGGGCUCGAUUUGUUUAAAUUUGUUUAAGUUACACCGAAGGAGCCGUUGCUCAUCGAUUAUUGUUUUUUAUUUUAUAGCCAAUAACCCGAAAAGGAUAUAUCGCAGAAGCAUUAUUAAAUUCCAUAAGGGCGUAAGUUUUGAGAGUGAAAAUAAUGACGUUUCUUUUAAUAGAGAUGGACGAGUAUGGGUUAUAAAAUAACGUAUAUACACAUCGAUAUAAAAAAAAGGUUUUAUUAAUACAGAUAGAUACUUGGCGAAAACGCGCUGACAUUGAUAAUAAAAAACCCCUCGAAUUUGGUUACCGUAUAACAUUUUUAUUGAAAAUAAAAACGUACCUCAUACAUAGGGCUCGUUGUUGGAAAUAAUUGUCGUGGAUUAAACUUCGAAAUUCGCGCGAGUAUAAAUCGUUUCGAGGCGAAUAAAAAAAUCCGAUUUAUUCAAUCGACGCCCGAGUGCGUAUUGAAAACGUAUCCCGAAAAUUUAUUUUACUCUCCGAUAUAAUAAAGCGGUAAUUCCCGCGCACGCACUCCCCCGAAAGGCGGUUUGUCCGCGAUAAAUCCGAAAAAAAUUAAACGAGAAAUGAAUGGGGAUGAAAUCCCGUUUCGAAAAUAAAAGAACGAUUUUUUCUUUCGAGUCUUUUUCCUCCUGUAAUCGUGUUUUGACGUCAACCCACUUAAUAAGCGGAAUUUGUAUAUUCUUUUAUGAAAAAAAAUUCAAACCGUAGGCGUAUUCGAAUACCCCAACAUUCGAGUACGAGGGGGAUAUAAAACGUGCUUUAUUAAAUCUAAUUUACGGUGGGCCCCUCGUAUACACACGCCUAUGGUUCGUUUCGGGCCCUUAAGAAGCGCAUUACAGAUAUUCCGAAUUUAUACCAGACAUAUCAUCGAGACCAUUAAAGGCGAAAAAGAAGAAUGAGAGCAAGAAAGGAACCGGCGAGAGGUUGAAAAAAAGGAACUUUCAGCCGAAAGCAUCGACAGACAUUAAGUUCUCGAUAAUAAAAUAUGCGGACUUUAAAUCGCGAAUUGAUAUUGGAAAUACAUUACGGAUCGUUCGGAAUCGAGAACCGAUGAAAAGGGGAAACAUUUCCAAGGGGAUUUUCAUUUUUCUUGCGUACAUAUGCGGGCGUUGGGAUUUCGGGUUGUUUCGAUGGGGAGUUUUCUUAACGUCUCAAUAGCACCAUUUUUGUUUUUUUUUAAUAAGAAAAUAAACAUUUAUUUACCUUGUACUAGUACUCACCCUUUUGUCCAGCAAAAUGAUUGAUUUGAGCAAAAAUUGAUGCGAUAUUUGAUCGAUAUAAUCCUUCCUUGGAAGUUUCCACCUGGUUUUUAAUCUUCGCAUUUCCCUGGGAAAAUUCGGGAUUAUGAAUUAUGCAAUGAUCCGCGCGGGGCAAAGGGCGAAAAAGGGACUUUCGAUUUCUGAACGGUAUCGGAAUGUUUUACGAGGGGCGACGCGAAUGUUCGACCUUUCUGCGCUGUCGCCCUCCAAAGGCGAUAUAUGCGUUGGCCGAAAGUCAUUUUUGCAUAACUUCCAGUGAGUAAUGGCCGUCUGAUUAAAGAUUUUUUUCCUUCUUCUUCCCCGGCCCGAAAAGGAAAAUUUAUUUCCCGUUUUUCCUCGAACUUUGCGGCGUCGAUUCUUUGUUCUGCUACUUGUAUUAGGAGAUUAUUAUUUUCGAACACUGUUGUAAUUAUUACGUAUAAGCGGCUGUCUCAGAACAAUAUGUAAUAUGUAUAAUGAAAUCAUAGAAAUCAAAUUUAAUGUAUAAAUUAGGGUAAUUUUAAUUGUAUUGAGAGAUGUUUUUGUUUAAAAAAACAGAUGUUGUGUAUAUAAAGAGAAUUGUAUAUAAAAAUUUGUAAAAUUAUUAAAUAUUAUACAGGGUAAAAUUAAUGUAUAAAUUGUAUAAAUUCGUUUCAAAAUAACUAGUUAAUAUUUAGUAAUAAAUUUAAAAAUUCGUAGACAAGUGCAUAAUAUACAGGGUGAUUAGUUGUAAAUCCUACAUUUAGAACCAAAUUCUAAUCCAUAUCACUAAAUGUAUUUCCGUUGUAUCUCCUAUACCUUUCUAACAAAAAAAAAUCCCUUUCUCUUACCAGUUAUUUUUCGACACGUCUUUUGCGCCACCCUGUAUAAAAAAACCUGUACAUUUUUGUAUAAACUACUAUCAAACAGAUCAGUAUUAAAAUAAAACGAAAGCUUUACAUAAAAGCGAUGAUCGCAUAAAAUUUACGCGCGGCAUUCGCCCAAUCCAUUCGCCUGUGUCGCACGAAGAGCCCGAUUUUCUGCGAACACCAGCUGCAUUUAAACAUUACAAAUAGGUGCAAUUAAAUGAGAAAAUCCAAAUCAAAAAUGAUCUUUUACCCUUUCUCCGCCAUUCGUACGCUUAUUACCGCUAAGGAUAUUAUUAUUAUUAUUA